AUGGGUCUUCAGGCUCAUGCUGUAGCGUCAUCCGAUGGCUGGCUUCGGCCGCUAUUCUGGUUUUCUGCUCGUCUGCUCCAACUUUUGGCUCUACUGACCAGUAAACUCCGCAACUUCCUCGAUCUGCCUUUUGACGACCCGCUGAACCUCUCGCCGGCGAUGCUGCGCAACCACCACCGUAUUCGUCGUCAGGAGAAAGAUUGCCCCACCAGACGCCAGUUUAUCUGCUACGCUUACGAUGUUGUGGAAGAGCCGUAUCCGGAUUGGCUACAAAAUACGAGGCCAAGGAGCUCUAAGGCCUUCGAUCCAAGCGGAGACAAGUUCACCAGCCAGUACUGGGUGCAAUGCGAUGCGGGCUUUAUUGUUCCAACGUUCGUUUCCACCGCAUAUACAAAUUGGAACGGCGAACUCCUCGAGCGCCCAGCAUUGACGUGCACUUAUGAUCGCAAUCGGGUCGAAGCCGACCUGAUGCUCGACUGCCGGACCAACGUCUUCUUCAAGGCCUCCGGCGCUGGGGGGCCGAAACUGACGCCACCUUCCUGCGACGGUGACGACGAUGUUCGGAUUUGCAAAGGGAGAACGGAACCGACAACGAUUGCACCGAGCGCCAGCGGUCCGAAUGAGGACGAAUCCGGGCUUGGCCUAAGAUUGGCCGUGGCGGCCGCUGUCGUCGGCAUCUGCCUCUUGGCAGCCGUCGCCACCGUCGAAAGCGCAUCUUCUACCACCAACUGGCGGAACCGUUGCCGCAACAUCAUGUGGCCGCAAAAUGUUGAACUGGCAUGGCAGCCCUAUGGCGGUAGUUGGGAGGCGCGCUUCUACCGAAAGGUCACUGGCCAGCCGCCAAAAGUGAAGCCCAGCUCACUUGGAUACUCGCUGAAAGGGCAUUUGGCCCUUUGCAUGAAGAGUGAGAAACUGAACCCCGGGGUGCCGUGGCCGCUGAACGGAAAGGGUUGCCCGAUCCCAUCGACUAACGAACCGAUCCGCGACCCGGUGGUAGUCGCCGAAACGCUGCUCAGUGCGCUCGCACAGGACAACUUGGUUACGGUGUACAAUUGUGGGCCGACCAAGCUCUUCGACAACAAUGACCUCAUCGCUCUAUUUAACCAUGCGAAGAGCAUGCAGGCACAAGUGAAGAGCGUCGUGCAUCUGACGGGGCCCACCUGGGUGGUUGGCGACAUUCAUGGUGAUUUCAACGUCCUUUGGCGCAUGUUCGAUGCGUACGGGCGGACGGCUCUUCCGGGCCAGAACAUCGUCUUCCUGGGCGACGUCGUCGACAGGGGCGCCCGUCAAAUGAUGUGCCUCGUGCUCAUCGUAGCCUCGAUGGUCCUGCACCCGAAACAGGUGUUCUACAUUGCCGGCAACCACGAGACCCCGUACUGCUACAACCAAUAUGGAUUUUCCACGCAAAUCAAGGACGAGCAGAAAUACUCGGCAGAAACAUUUGCUGCAAUUGAGGGCUUUUUCAAAAGUCUACCGCGUGUCGGCACCAUCGACAAGCGCAUCCUCGUGGUGCACGGCGGUAUCCCCCCGCGCAUGACUACCGAGCAGCUGCGCAACGGCUUCGACCCCAACGACGAAUCGGCCGAAUUGACGCGUCUCCGCCUGUCGCUGCAAUGGAACGAUCCGUGUAACGGAGGCCGAUGGUCCCGAGUGGCCCUA